AUGACCGAAACACAUCGAGAAGCAGACGACGACAAUGUCGCAUCAGCAAAGCAUUCAAUACAAAAUCGAGACUAUGUUUUCAUCGAUGACCAUGAUUCAUACGAUGCACUAUGGAAUGCACUUUGUCAUUAUCGAAGUGAUUUAAAAAAUGGAAGCAAUACAUAUCAUGAUUGUAAUCGUCAUUUAAUCAUUCGUUUAUUUGAUAUGAUACGUUCAAUUGUACCGUCACCGAAUGGUUCAUUGUCCAACAAUGCAACAACAAAAUCAGACGAUAUUCAAUCAUUAGAUGAUGAUAUUAACCAGUUAAUUGAUCAAAAACAAAAAGAGAAUAUUGAAAAUGUUCAACAAUUACAUGCCGAAAUAUGUCAAUUAAAGAUGACGUUGCUGAAUAAUAAUACUGUAGUAGCAGGUCAGCCAUCACCUUGUGCAUCAAGCACAGUAGCAGAUGUAAAUGUACAUGAAGAGGAGAUGGAUGCUAUGAAUAAAGAAUCGGAACGACUACAUCAUUUGAUCGAAACACAACGUGAACAAAUCAAUGAACUUUUUUCUCUUGUGUCAAAAGAAGGAACAAUUCCUUCUUCACUUCUUAAUUCUGUCGCUGAGACCAACAGAGAUUUAGAGGGCGAGACGAUCAAUGGUGAUAAUUUCGUUGACACACCGCCAUCGGGAUUGACUCUAAUGCAGAAAAUCCGUGCCAUCGCAACUAGGAAAAAAGAAACAACAACAACAACAACAACAACAACAAGAAACAUCGAUGAUUUUCAGUCACUUGGUAUAAGUCUCCUGAACUAA